AUGGCCCAGCAAACGCCGUUCUUGAGCCUUUGCCUGGCCCUUGCCAUCACUCUUUUGGCUUCGGCACGCCUCGUGGGUGCAGGCGCAGGUGGAGCCAUGUGGAACAGUCAACCCGUCUCCAAUCUCCGCAUCCAAGGUGCCAACAUCGAGGACGUCAACGGUCUCUAUCAAGCUGGCCCCCUCGUCAAUGGCCAUCCUUCCUUUAUCAAGACAUUGAACAACAGCUCGCGCUAUGAGCUCUUCGUGCACAAGGGGGACUCAGAGCACGACAGGUGGUGGAAUAUUCAAAAAGUACUCCUCAAGCAUGGCAAAAUCGAUGACUACGGCCCCGUCGUCUACGUCAACAAGGUCCCAACCCGCAACGAGCCUCAACCGCAACUUCCCCGCAACGACUGGCAACAGCUUUUUGGCCUUGGCGACUUUGAAUUCGAUGAUGACCUCCAGGUAUUCCAUCUUCCCGUGUGCAGCGACAAGUCCGAGUGCCAGAGUGGCGAUGACGACUGCCUCAAUUAUUUUUUGCGCCCACUUGAAGAAGAAGCCUACUUUACUGCCCUUCCCUCGCCACGCCGCAUCCUGCAAUGCCCGGACCUCUCCCACUGGAUUCGCACCAUCGACAGCAAAGAAGUGCGCAAGCUCCGGACCCAGUUUAUCACCACAGGCAUCGUCUCCAUCCCAAACUUUUUGCGACCCGAAAUCUUUGCUCGGCUGCAAGAUGCUGUUCAUCAACCGGUGCUCUCCGACGUCUGGCAAGCUUCUUUCCCCCGUGACGAUGGCAUGGCUCACACCAUCCCCUGGCAUGUCGACAACCUUGAAUUGAUCGCUGAGUGGCUGACUCGCCAACACCGCCAUCGGCAACAGAGCAUCUACGCCUACAGUUUCACCCGCACUGUGGACACCAUUGAUGGCCGCCUUCGCUUCUUUUAUCCCGAGCUCUUUGGUCAAAUGCGAGACCUUGUUAGCUCCCAGUACCUCCACAACAUUCUCUCCCAGAUCGCCCAUCACGACUACGAGCUUUCCACCCUCUUCAUUUCCCGCUACACGUCGGGUGACUUUCUCAACCGCCACUCCGACUCUGUCGAAACCCGCCGCAUCGCCUUUACCUACCACUUGACCAAGGAAUGGAAGGCCGAGUAUGGCGGCUUGCUUCACAUGAUGAAUGAGAACGAUUGGGAUGAGGUCAUUCGCACUCUUGUCCCAGCCUCCAACACCUUUACCUUUUUUGAUGUCAGUGAAGAGUGGCGUGUCUUGCCCCACUUUGUCUCGGAAAUUGCUGCCGAUAUUGCUACACCGCGCAUCGCAGCUACGGGGUGGAUGAGCUUUAAAUCGGACCACCGUCCAUUUACUUUCUGGCCUGCCACGGACGCGCAAUGGGAGGUAGACUAG